AUGAACUCAGAAAUAACCAAAGCUAUCGUCUUUACAGACGACCUCAUUGUCUACACAAACAGAAAAUCACCUGAGAACAUAAAAGAACUUUUACAGAACUACUUCGCGAAACUACCUCAGAUAGAAAAUGAAAUAAUCAAAGAACUAAACAGAGUAAACGAAAAUGAGAUGGAGAUCAGAAAUAAUAACUCAUCUUGCUUGCCACCGCAGGCAUUUAUACACUUUGACAGCAAAGGUCUGAUCCAAAGUCCCAACAAUAUCCCAGUGUUAUAUUAUACCAGAAGACAUCAAGCCAUCAGAAAAAUAAAUGGCAACCAAGCCACAGUCUAUAACACAACUAUAUCGAAUCGAGAUUUCCUCGAUUUCCACAUCCUCAAUAAAAAGUACUUGUGGCUUACAGAUGAGUCGCUUCACCGGAAGGCCAUUGCCAAAAGAAGAGAAGCCUACAACAGCGUUAACAAAGCCCCGAAAAAAAAGGUGACAAAUAAAGGGUUAAAUAAACUGUAUUUAACUAUAUAA